UAUCGCUCGUCAAAGCUCUUUGUGUGACACAAACGGAGUAGGAGCGCUUGAUAAUUCCAUGCCCCCGGAUAGCAAACCCCGUUGACCGUUACGGUUGCCCUGGCGGGUCCAGGCGGUCUCAGCGGCGCGGGCGGGAUGCUGCUGGCGUCGGUGCUGGGCUCUCUGGCGGCCCUGGCGUCGAUGGCCGUCACCUUGGCGCUGUGCUACCUCUUCUGGCGGAAGAGGACAGCCGCCAAGGAGGCCAAAGACGAGCUGGAGCCUUUGCAAGUGGGAGCGCCCACCCCGAACCAAGGGACGCCGAACAAGAACGCAUCCCAGCAAGCCAACAGCAAGAGUGUUGUCGAACUGACCAGGCACAACGUCGAGGACAGACUCUACCAGGGGACUACUGCCGCCUCGUCGCUAUCUCUGGACAGGGCGAGUAAAGUCAAAGUAGACCCAAAACAGAAGGAUACGAAACCGGGAUCUAGUUCGUCAACGUCUAUGCUUCAGGCGCUGGUCGGGAACGAAGAUGACUAUGACGAAGUGGAUACAUCAGAGCCAUUAGAACCAGCUGGUCAAAUUCAAUUUAGUUUGGAAUACGAUUUUUAUUCAUCGACUUUGGUACUUAGGAUUAUUCAAGGCAGAGAUCUCCCCGCCAAAGACAUUAUAGGAACAAGCGACCCAUACGUGAAAGUUACACUCCUACCGGAUAAAAAAAGAAAACUUGAAACAAAAGUGAAGCAUCGCACGCUAAACCCACGGUGGAAUGAAACAUUUUAUUUUGAAGGUUUCCCUCUUCAUAAAUUGCAAAAGUCCAUUCUUCAUCUGAACGUGUACGAUUGGGAUCGAUUUAGCAGAGACGAUCCUAUAGGAGAUGUAUACUUACCUCUCGCGCAGGUCGACCUUACACAGAAACCGACGUUUUGGAAAUCUCUCAAGCCAGCGGAUACUGUUAAGUUAGGAGACUUACUCGUGAGUUUGAUGUACGUUCCGCGUACCAGUGAGUUAACAAUUGGUUUCAUCAAAGCCCGAAAAUUGAAAGCCAAAGACAUCACAGGCGCAUCAGAUCCGUACGUAAAGAUCUGGCUGAUGCGAGGCGAUAAACGGCUGGAGAAGCGCAAAACCCCUGUUUUCAAAGCUACCUUGAAUCCAGUGUUCAAUGAGGCAUUCACCUUCAUCGUCACUUGGGAACACAUCCGGGAAACUUCAAUGGCGAUCACGGUUAUGGACUGGGACAAUGUGGGCAGGAACGAGGCGAUUGGGGGCAUCGUCUUGGGCUCGAAGUGCGGGCCCACCGAAGCCAAGCACUGGGGAGAGAUGCUUACCAAACCGCGGACCCCAGUGGUCCAGUGGCACAAGCUGAAGCCAGUCUGAAGGAAAACUAUGUCACCACUGGUGAAGAUGAUAUAUAUAUAUAUAUUUGUGUGUGUAUGAAACCAAAAAAAGAAACUGUCUAAUCUCUGUACGCUCUCACUCUGUAGGUGUGUGUGUUAUAUACCACCCCCCAAAAAGCGCGGGAAUCAAUGCAACGACCGACCCCGGUGCUUCAAAAAUGAAAACAUCGAACUGCGUCGCUUUCUCGUGCAACGAACGAAUGUAUAUCUCUCUAUGUGUCACUCGGAAGCACGACGACUGUGCAUCUAUAUAAAUCUAUAUACAUGUGUACCCUUUUCUUCUAGAUCCCCUCACAGAAAUUAUCUGUCGUCGCAACGCACAAGGCCGGGUCAGUUCGCAGCCGAGGAACGACGCUUCCGCUUAAAUUCGGGGCCAAAGAAUAACGGAAUAACAAGAGAAUCAAAUCGUAAGAUGAUGUUUUAUUUUUUUGCAGCAGCUCCUUGUCAUUCCUUCUGCGCCUUUGCCUUCAGUCUCUAUGCAAAUUGGGAGCCAGCCCUCGCUUUCGGGAGGAUUUCCUUGAUUCUGUGUUAUUGGCGCCUUACCUUGUCUGCACAGCGAACAACGAAACAUACCUGAAAGAAAAUGGUCUUGAAGAUUGUUGAAACCUCAGAGUAUUAGAACAAAGACGACGUUUUAUAAUAAACGUUUUACUAAUUUGGUGUUUAGAAAUGCUACAGCAGCUCGAAGUAGUU